CUGCACUAUGGGACACUCAUGGGCAGCAGAGCUUGUGUUCAAAUGGCAGGAGCUGCCUGGGCCAGUGGUUUUCUCAAUGCAGUGCUGCACACUGCGAACACAUUUUCAAUUCCACUCUGCCAAGGCAAUGCUGUGGAGCAGUUCUUCUGUGAAAUCCCCCAGCUCCUCAGGCUCUCCUGCUCUGACUCCUGCUUCAGGAAAGCUGGGGUUACUGCGGUUAGUUUUUGUGUAGCUUGUGAGUGCUUUGUGUUCAUUGUGCUGUCCUACGUGCAGAUCUUCAGGGUCGUGCUGAGGAUCCCCUCCGAGCAGGGCCGGCACAAAGCCUUUUCCAUGUGCCUCCCGCACCUGGCCGUGGUCUCCCUGUUCGUCAUCACUGCAAUGUUUGCCUACCUGAAGCCCCCCUCCAUGUCCUCCCCAGCUCUGGAGCUGGUGGUGGCUGUUCUGUGCUCAGUGGUGCCUCCAACACUGAACCUGCUCAUCUACAGCAUGAGGAACAAAGAGAUCAAAGAGGCACUGAGGAAAUUGAUUCAAUGUGUAAUAUUUUACCACUCAUAG